UCCCUACGGAGGAGAGGACCGGAUGGCUGGGGUUCGCGCGAACUGAGAGGAGGGAGGAUUACGCUGCUCGCUGCCGUCCUUCACUUGAGAGGCAGGGAGAUGUGUGAGCAGCCAGCAGGUCAGAUAGGAGGAGACGUGCUGUGCUGGAACGGCGAGGUGUUUGGAGGUAUGGAGGUGAAGGAGCAUACCAGCGACACCCCAGUGGUGCUCGACCAAUUCUCGAGGGCGUGUGCUGCCGGGGGGGGAGGAGGAGAGCACUUCCUGCAGGCGGUCUCUCGGAUCGAGGGGCCCUUUGCCUUCAUCUUCUGGGAGGAGAGGGCCAAGAGGCUAUGGUUCGGACGAGACCGACUGGGGAGGAGGAGCCUCUUGAUGCGGAGGAUCGACGGGGGCGGUUACCAACUGUCCUCCUGCGCAGGGAACAUACAGGAGAAGGGGUGGGAGGAGGUGACGCCGGACGGGAUCUUCUUCCUCCAGCUGCACGAUGAGGGGGGGGAGCAGGAGAGAUUCGAGCUUCACAAGACCCAGUGGCCACCGCGAGUGCCUCCCCUCCAUCGCUCCUGCUACAUCAGCGCAACGUCACCAACCAUGAGCAUGGAGGAAGCAGCCCAGGCUCUCUUCCUCCUCCUUGACCGCAGCGUCAGGCGCAGAGUGGAGGGAGUGAGGCGGCUGGCGGGAUCGGGCAUGGAGGACGGCUCCCCUGUAGCCGUGAUGUUCUCCGGUGGGCUCGACUCAACGCUCCUUGCCGCCCUUGCGCAUCGUCACGUCGAUCCGAGCAUGGCCAUCGACCUCAUCAACGUCUCCUUCGACCCCUUCGAGGCUCCUGACCGCUACACGGGCGUCGAGUCACUGCGGGAGCUGCGGGAGCUCUUCCCGGGGAGGAGGUGGAACUUGGUUGUUGUGGAUGUGACGCAGGAGGAGGUGGAGGAGAGGAGAGAAGAGAUUCUCAGCUUGAUCUUCCCGCGGGCCACCCAGAUGGACUUCAACAUCGGCUCGGCUCUCUGGUUCGGCUCGAGGGCUGCUGGGGUUGUGCUGGACGAUCCCAAGGAAGAUGCAGGAGAGGAGCUCUCUGGGAGGCCCUUCGUGAGCAGGAGCAGCGUGCUGCUGCUGGGGAUGGGAGCGGACGAGCAGCUGUGUGGGUACUCGAGGUACAGGGCGAAGAUGAAGAGGGGAGGAGAGGAGGGAGUCCUGCAGGAGAUGGGCAGGGACAUGGAGCGGAUCUGGCAGAGGAACCUGGGGAGAGACGAUCGGUGCAUCUCGUACCAUGGGAGGGAAGCUAGGUUUCCCUUCCUCGAUGAGGAGGUCGUGUCGUUCCUGUCCUCCCUUCCCCUCUCCGCGAUCGCCGACAUGAGCCUCCCUCCUGGGAUCGGGGACAAGCUGCUGCUGCGGCUGGUGGCGGAGCGCGUGGGGCUGAGGAGGGGAGCGCAGGAGGUGAAGCGAGCGAUCCAGUUCGGGACGAGGAUCGCAAAGCAGUCCAACAGGUUG